UUUGGUCCUGCAUACACUUUUAUGAGAUUCGUUGGUGAAAGAAGUGCUGCUCAUUUCUUCCGAAGGAUAUUGGUUGUGGGUGGUGAGCGUGUACCAAAGAAAGGCACAUAUAUCCUUUGCUGUACGCAUUUUAGUACAUUGAUGGAUGUUGCCAUCAUUUCAGCUGAAUUGGACAGACCUAUUCAUUAUUGGGCAAAAAGGGGAUUAUACAAACGUCAACCUUUUCGAUGGAUUCUGGAAAAUUCGGGAAAUAUUCAGGUGAACCGAAAGGAGAAGAGCAAUGAAGACUUGUUUGCUGGAACGUUUCAAGCCAUGAAAGCGGGCGAGCCUAUUGGUCUAUUUCCCGAAGGUGGCUCCUACACCGAACACAGAUUGCACAGUAUGAAAGCUGGUGCAGCUUGGGCAGCUCUGGAAUACGCAAAACAUCUACUCUUGCAAGGGGAGAUUGACGAUCCAACCAAAUCAAAAGUCACAAUUGUACCAGCAGCAAUCAAUUACACUGACAAGAGUCGGUUCAGGUCAGAAGCCGUAUUUGAGUUCGGUCAACCGUUCACAGUGGAUGAAUACAUGACAGAAUUCAUGACACCCUCCAAUACAACUUCGGCACGAAAUGCAGUCUCCAAACUGACCGACAGAAUCGGAACAGAGAUCUACAAAAUGACAAUCGAUGCACCCGAUUGGACUACAUGGCAUUCGGUCAAGAUGGCUCGAGAAUUGAUUUGGAAGAAGAAUGGCCAGUUGCCUUUGCGAGAUCUUGUUCCAAUCUCUAAUGCACUCGUUGCCGUCCUCAAUGCACCUAUACCUCAAGCAAAGACGGCAAAUGAGACCUUGUGUGCCUUGCAAGGAUUGGUUUUGGCUUCUUCAACAGAUGUGUAUACACUCAAUGCGCUUGCCAAAUUGUUUUCGCUACCUCAUCUCGUCUUGCCAACGAGGAGAAGAGCGGAAAGAGCUGUGCCGGGAAUCCUGCCAGCGACCUUGUACCUCAUCCGUCAAAUUCUUGCCUUGACAAUCAGAUUGCCAUACGUUAUCCCUCUGGCGUUGAUGUACGUUCCGGCAUAUUCGAUCAGUUGGUACUUGGCCAAAAAGUAUUCGAGUCACGAAGAAGAAAGUAUGGCAAGCGCAAAGAGUUUGUGUGCAUUUGUUAUUGCAGGUUUGACGCAUAUCGCUUUGGUGGUAUGUGUGGCUACACCUUUCUUUUUCACGCCAUUAGGAUGGAUUUUGGGUAUCGCAUUAAGCGUGAUCAUUGAAAAGUCACAUGUCUGGCUAUUGGAUGAAACGUAUUCUUAUAUCAAAAAGUUGGUCAUCUCUUGGAGAAUGUUCUCG